AUGGCUGAAACUAAACUGAUUUCAGAAGAAUGGUCGAGAGAGGUCGAAACUUUUCUGGAGGCCCCUCUGGAUUAUCCCGUUACAGUGAAUAGAGGUAGCGUGCGUCUGUCAAAGGCUCUGAUGAAUGCUAAGGCAGAGGCCUACGCUCCUCAAAUGGUGUCUCUCGGUCCUUAUCACCAUUUCUCUCUCAAAGACGAAUCCGUGGGGCCAUUCCACCAACGCCUCACCCAUCUUUCCCAGAUGGACAUAUACAAGCUCAGAUCCACAAGGGAGAUAGCUGGGAACAAUGUUGAGGUAAUCAAAGAAAUAUUCGCAAAAGUGAGCCACUCUGAUAUGAUAGCCGAAUUCAAGCAGUUUUACGACUGGGAGAUAGAGGAGCAGGAUGUUCCAAACUUUGCGUGGAUGAUGAUGGUCGACGCCCUCUUCCUCUUCUACUUUCUGAAAUUUGGAUCCGCUGAUGAUCAAAAGGAGUCUAGUGUGCCCAGCGGAGCUUCCAGUGAGACUAAUCGACAGGAGUCUAGUGUGCGCAGCGGAGCCUCCAGUGAGAUUUUCCUGCCUGCAAAGGCAAGCAUAAGAUGUGAUAUUGUGAAGCUGGAAAACCAGAUCCCUCUUUCUCUUCUCAUAAAAUUGAAGGAGAAUGUUCAUGAGAUGAGUACACUUGAAUCUUUUCUCCUCUCUCAAAUGGAGCAUCUAUCUUCCUUCCAGAUAUAUGAUAUAGAAAAGCCAGAUUUCAGUGAGAAGCAUCUGCUGGGCUGUAUCCACAAAUAUGUUUCUUCUUUCCUCCAAGUUAGUGAGGUGGCACAAGAGUCCCCUCCGACUUGGUUUCAGAGGGUUUCGAAAGUCAUGGGAGACCUGGUUGCCCUAGUCUUCAGUAGUUGUUACCGUCUUCCAGCCAAACAUGGUCGACAAGAUUUUCUUAACAAAUACAAUGCAAAGGAGCUGCUCAAGGCCGGGAUUAAGUUUAAAUCGUUCAAGGAACAAGGUAAGAUCAGAUUUUGCAGGAAUUCGGACACGCUUUAUCUUCCUCAGAUAACAAUUGCAGACACUUACACUGAGGUGCUGUUGAGGAAUUUGCUGGCGUUGGAGUUCAAUGAAGGGGGGCGAGAGAAACACGUGUCGAACUACGUGGAAUUGAUGGACUGCCUCAUCGACCCUGAAGAUGUGACGUUGCUGCGAGAAAGUCACGUCAUUCAACGACAGAGCAUGAUGAUCACCGACGAGUACGUGACCAAGAUGUGGGACGGUAUGUCCAAGCCUUUUUUUCUUGCAGGUUUUCUGGAGCUUCCCGGGGGCCUGAAAGGUCAAAUCAGAGAAGUGCUAUUCAAAAAUUACUAUAAAAGCAAGAUUAAGACUCAGUUGUCAGAACUUUAUUCUGAAUAUCUGUCAAGUCCAUGGAAGGUGAUGGCUUUGUUGGUUGGAUUUUUUGUGCUGCUGUUGACGGUACUGCAAACAUACUGCUCUGUGCAUAAUUGUGAGAUAGAACGUCGUCCAAAGGGCAAUGCUCCCAAGCGUUUCAGGCCCUUUGGCUAG